GAUUGAGCGGGUCUGAGCCAGGUUCCCAGAGGGCAGCGCGUCCGGGCAGCUCGGCGCUGUCAUGGCGGGUUUGCUGAAGAAGACCACUGGCCUUGUGGGAUUGGCUGUAUGUGAAACUCCACAUGAGAGGCUAAAAAUACUGUAUACAAAGAUUCUUGAUGUUCUUGGACAAAUACCUAAAAAUGCAGCAUAUAGAAAGUAUACAGAACAGAUUACAAAUGAGAAGCUAGGUAUGGUUAAAGCGGAACCAGAUGUUAAAAAAUUAGAAGAGCAACUUCAGGGUGGCCAAAUAGAAGAGGUGAUUCUUCAGGCGGAAAAUGAACUAAGUCUGGCAAGAAAAAUGUUGCAGUGGAAGCCAUGGGAGCCUUUAGUGGAAGAGCCUCCUGCCAACCAAUGGAAAUGGCCAAUAUAAAUAUCAUUAGAUGACUUGUGUGUUGAUGAGAAACUGAUGUAAUUAAAUAUUCUGUAAUGUUAAAAAUGUUUCCAUGUUAUUGAUAUAUUAUAAUCAAGAAAAUUGAUGGAGAACAUAUUUUGGGGACUUGCUAAAAUUGAUGAAUAUGGUAAUGGGGAGUUUGAGUCAGUUUUGAUUUGUAGAGCAUUCAUUCAAAUUGUUUCAAAGAUGAUUGUUUUUAAUCAGAAGUUGUGGGAAAAUCUGAAAGUUAAUUGGAAAAAUCCCUAUAGAUUUUUAGUGCAGAAGCUUCAUUUGAAAGGUGAAGUAUUUUUUAGUACUACCUUUAACACAUCAUUUAAUUUUUUUUAUUCUGAAAAAACAUAAAUGUACUUUUAUUAUUGUUUAAACAAAUUUAUAGGUCACUGUUUGAAGUGAAGUAGUAAUAGCAAAAACUUCAAAUUAGAAUUCAUUGUACAGUUGAGAAAAUUGAUUUUCGUAUUCGAAAGAAAGAUUUUUUUAUUUACAGUGGUAGUUGGAAAAACUUUUCCACUUGUCUAAUUUAAGGAAGUUAGCCUUCUGGCCCUUGGCCUUUAGUUUUCUUACUCAACUAAAGUACAUUAGGGCAUGGAAUUUCUGUAAAAGAGAUAUUAAGAGUUCCUAAAGUUUGUCUGGCAUACAGAUAGGCUUAUAUUCAAAAUAUCUUAGUUGUAUGGUUAUAACGUCAAAGUGGAGUCAUUAAGUAGUUUUCAUUAGUUUCCAAUAUGAGUGCAGUCAGAUAUCAGAUAGAAGAUAAAUGCUAUUCAAACAAAGAAGCAGUUUGACAAGUUUAAGGCUAAACAAAAUAAAAUUACUUUGCAUAUGUAUUUAACUUUUCUUCCUAUCUCCCAUCAUUUCUAAAUACUUAGUCAAAUUUGGUAUUUCUUACCUUCAAAGUAGUACUUUUGUUUUUUGUGUAUGUAUGUGCAUGCAUAUUUUGCUAUCUCUUGUGGUAAAACAGAACCUUUUAGAAUAUUUAGAAUAAGAAAAAAUAAGUAUUUUUCCCCAGUAUUUCUUCCUUUACAGAGCUAUAAAUUGAAUAUUAAGUGAAUAUUAAACAAAGUACUUUAGCAGUCAGACUGAAAGAGAAAGCUUCUGUAGGGGGAGUGAGAAAAGCAGUGGAGGGAGAGUCAAAUCCAGAAGUUCUCAUUCUCUUGGUUCUAGUGCCAUCGUGACUCAGUGUCUAAGUGGAAACAAGUUGUCAGUCUCUCAGAAUGGCCUAUUUAUUUCCUUCUCUGUAAAAGAAGUAGAAUAUGAUUUAUAACUCCCCUUUCAGUUCUAACCAUUUGCUUUAAUAUAUACUACAUUUUAUUUAUUUAUUUAUAAAAAUUGAAGUUUAGUUGAUUUACAAUGUUGGCUUGGUUUAAAAAAAAGAAAACCAUUAUGGUUUAUCACCCUAUGCUAUAUAGUAGGACCUUGUUUAUCCAUUCUAAAUAUAAUAGUUUGCAUCUGCUAACCUCAAACUCCCACUCCAUCCUUGCCCCUUCCUUCCUCGCAACCACAAGUCUUUUCUCUAUGUCUGUGAGUCUGUUUCUGUUUUGUAGAUAAGUUCAUUUGUGUCAUAUUUUAGAUUCUACAUAUGUACUAUAUUUAUUGAGAUCAAAAUAUAUAAUCUUAAGGCGUGUUUGCAUAGAUA